AUGUCAAUUGUUAAACAAGGAACGACCACCAUAAUGACGCCGACCGAUACGGUACCUCCCUCGAAUACCGGCAAGCGCGUGGCGCGACUAGGCCGUACCACCAGACCUUCAUCGUCGUCAGUAGGCACAGCCAACCCGUAUUCGGAUCUUGAUUACUGCUUUAGGCGCGUGCGUACCAACUCUCUGAGUUCGUCGCCAUCAGGCGUAGACAACCAAUACGUGCACAUCGGCAGAUACAACUUGCCACCCUUUACCCUCGUGGCCGCGUCACAGAGUCCGGAGUCUCGACCAUUUCUCUGCCGCAUGGGUGACGUUUGUGAACUCACACUGAAAGGGCACUUCUAUGGUGGCACUCAGAAAAACGUCGGAAUCUUCGCAGUCAAUGUGAUGAAAGACGUCAGCCUUGAAGCCUGCGGCCUCUCAUUGGCUGACCAGGAAGGACCGGUCAAAUCGACGGGAGUUCCCAGUCUGGAAACGAACGUGAAGCAACCGGUGAACACGGGAUUUCGAAGCCACAUCUCGCCGUCUCAGGUAGAAGCCACAGUAGAGCCGUCUGAUCUGUUGUUGCUUGACGAUGAGUAUCCCCUGCACUCACUCGGCAAUCCAGGUGUCUGCCUUGAACCAGGAGAUGGCGCGGCACAGUGCCCUCUCUCUCCUGUGGGGUCAGAGGCAAUUGCAAAAGAAGGCGCCCCCGAUCGUACAUAUUAUUCCACACGCUCGUCCUAUUUAUUCAACGAGCAAACAAGGGCGACGGAGGAUCCGUUCCUUUUCGCGCUCUCCGAAAGCGCGGAAAACAUCAAGAGCGAGAUGUCUGCUACUUUUCGACCUGGAAAAGUGGUCCACUGCUCAUAUGACACUACGGGCUUCAGGCCACAGGCGUACUGUCGUGCCAGUUUGGGAUUGGUGGCAGAGAAUUUGGGGCCAGGCACCUUUACUCUCUGCGGAUGCUCGAGCACUGACUUGACGAACUCCGGCGUUUCCUGCUCCAGUGCAUCCGACUUCGCCGUUCCGAUCGGGCGAUUGGUGAUUGCCGGAUUUGACUCCCUCUCACGCAGUCAAGAAACAACGCGACACCCAGAGAUACGAGACACACGGGAGACCAGACAUGCAGAUGAUGGUGCCGCAGACGUGCCCGUAGAUGUAUUGCUAAACACGAACACUCAUACAAUCACACUACAACAUGCGGAGCGGAAUGAGUCUUUGGACCGUGAGAACAAGGCAAUCGAACUAACAGGGAAUUCUGAAAUCGGCCCGCAUGAGGAUUCUCCAGAUGAGGCCGCGGCGCAGAUUACCCCUGCCACACUGUCUGAGAGCUCAACGGUUCUUUCGCCACGCGUGUUCACUUGCCGCAUUGGCAGCGUGUGUGAACUCUCCAAAAUGCGUGGAGCCGGCUUGGAUUCGGGGCCAUUUUAUGUUCACGCGUUAAAGGGGAAGUACCCGGGUGGAUGCGCUGUUUUUCGCGAUGAAUACAGACUAGCACACAUGGACGCCCCCAUUCGCCUCCCGUGCAAGCCGUACGGUGGCGGUUCCUACUGCAUAGCUUCAGCACGCCCGGCGGCUCUGGCUGCGCUUGCCACUCAGUUAAAACCAAACGCCAAAGCAACGGUCGUUAUGGUGGAACGUGAAACGACACAAAGCGCAUACGCCCGCUCUUCAGGAAAUUCUUCGAAAGCUCCCUCCGUUGUUCCGCUGUUAGCGAAAUUUGAACGGAAGACUGCCGACAGCGGAGGACCGAAAGCUAAGGUAGACGAAACCGUCCUCUUUUCCGAAGAUAGCUCAACAGACCCAGACAGAAUGAAAGACGAGAGCCUUGGGCAUGCGAUACACGUGGACCUUGGGGAACCUGCCGUUCGUCGCUUAGAUUCAACGGGCUCUCCAUGGGUCGCCGACCGCUAUCAACAUAGCCAGCAAUCGGGGGUUAGAGCGGAGGAAGCUCUGACGGAUACAGGCGUGCGUCACAGCGUGUCGGCGGGACCCCUGGAUGAUCUUGUGAGUGACAGCCCAAUGCCCGUGGGAAUAGAGGAAGAUGUGGAAGGAGAGACGUGGGACGUGGAGAACAAGGCAUCCACUCAAUCCUCUGUCAUUGCCACAGCGACCCUAUGUGGCUGCAGUAGCCAGGAGACAGAUGAACGCCAUUGCACGGUUCCGGUAUUCUUAGGAUAUCUCCGUAUCAAGCCACCGCAAGGGGAUCCGGGUUCGAAAUUGGGGGAGAAGUAUGCAGACGCUGACGGCAAACCUAGCGGCUAUCUGCGUGAGAACGCGAGACGCGACGUGAACACUGAUGCGCCAACCAAUGGAAAUCACGAAUCUGGCCGCCGAUCUUCUCACCUUGGCGAAGAACUAAUCCCACUCUCAGGUGAAAGCGCUGCGACAAAGACAUCGUCUCUUCUAGUACAGGAAGGGGACCUGAAGAGCGAAACGCCAGACGCAAACGCAAGCGCCGUACCUUCGAGUGGAGGCACAUCCGCUAGCUCUAAAGAGCCUCAACAGCCACAGGAUGAAUUAGUUUUAACGAAAACACAGCGGGAGGCCCUUGGUUCAGAAAGAGAGUCCGCAGAAGGGUCACUCACCUCACCGCCUGGCUCUUCGCAGUGGCGUCUGCUCCAGUAUAUAACAGGGCCCGCGGCAAACAGUCAGGCGGCUCAAGAGGGAAAGAAGAACGACGGAAGGCUAGCAAACGAAUGUAAAGUGAACACAGACUGCUUCAGUGGCAUGGGCGUUUGCGACAAAGGCAGGUGUGUUGGCUUCAUCCCCGAUAAGCAGGAUAGCCGACUAUUCAGGUGCGUCGAGGGGUAUUGGUGCGACUUGAAGCCCGGAGACAUCCCUGGAAAAGGAAUAACUGAAAAGUUUGAGGUUAUCGCUACGACACCGUCGGAGCCAUGUGGAACAGCACGAAAUUUGAAGCCUACCGAGUCGCUCUUUGCCAACGCAAACAAAUGGAUUUGCGAUUCGUCCUCGCCUACCUCGUGCAUAUUUCGCGCGGGGGUUGGGCAUCGACGAAACAAGGCUCACACAGUCGAAGGCGUCCGCCUCUGCGGCUGUCCAAAUCUCGACACAAAUGGCGACGAUAUUCCGUGCAAUCACGUGCGAGACUUUUUCGUUCCGCUUGGUCGCCUGGGCGUUCAGGAGUGCCUCACAAAUGCGCACUGCGCCGACAACGCCUUCGCGUACUGCGUUGAAGAUCACUGCGGCGGUUUCCUCGUCUCUGCGGCUGCUGCUGGAGUGAACGCGUUCACCUGCAUCAGGAACCAGCAGUGCACCCUCCAGUCCAUCGCGGCAAAGAGCGUUGACCAGGCUCUCAAAGUCAUUCCGGUCGCCGCCAACUUCAGCUGCGGCGCAGAAGCUGCGCUCGACCCCGACUACGUGAAGGCCAGCGCGCUGCCGUGCAUUGCAGACGUGAACAACGACGGCGUAUGCGAAAUCAGCCUCGGCGUCAAUAGAGCGCUUGGCACAACGCGCCUCUGCGGCUGCAGCGGCCAAGACGUCGGCGGAAACGGAAAAACCUGCGACGAGGCUUCAGAUUUUGACCGCGACCUCGGUCUCGUGGCCAACGUCCAGUGCAUCGUCAACCAGGACUGCCCCAACAACGCCUUCUGCGCCAAAGGCGAAUGCGUGGAAGACGACAUGGAGCCUUACAUCGUGUCCAUGUCGCCGAUGAACGACACCUUCGCUGUGCCGCCGCUAACGCACAUCGACUUGGUUUUCAACGAAAACAUUAACUUUGGCAGGCCGGGCGCUGCAUUGCUGGUCGCGGUCGCUCCCCAGAAGAACACAAGGCUGUCGGCCUCUGCAGAGGGCAGUGCGGCACCGCUUCAAUAUCUCAUCACCCUUCCGAACAAUGCCGGGAGUCUGAAGAAGAUCUCGGCGCCCUUCCUGCCGUCGCCGCCUGCCGGCCUCUCGGCGAACGCCAGGCUCAUCGGCCCCGCUGGAGGGACGGGCACGGAGGAGCGCCGAAGAAGCGAAGCAGGACGCCUCCCGCUGUCCUCUCUCUCUUCGCUGGACAAGAAGACCAGACCAAACGGCGAAGAGGACGAGGCAGCCGAGUCGACCGGCUCCCUCCUUGCUGGCUUCGGGGCACACACCUCCGGCGCCGGGAGCGGAGCUGCCGGCAGCGUCAACAACAAGUGGACAGUCGAAAUCAUUGGCCAGAAGCUGAGAAUCACGCCAGACAAACAAACCACGUCGCUGCCUAUCGGCGAGUACAGAAUCGGGAUUGAAUUCGGGUUCGUCACAGACCUCAUCGGCAACAUGAACAAGGGCGAAAACAACCUCAGAUUCACGCUCGCCACAGACGCGAACUGCCCCUUCCUAUACGUCACAGGAUUUACAACAGAGAACGGAAACUGCAACGGCCUCUACAUGCCUGCGGAUCCUAUGAACGACCAGGCCAGCUGGCAGGGCGGAGAGAAGAACGCAUUCUUCAUCUACUGGAAGAAGGAGGUCCGAGAAGGAGGAAAAGUGCAGCAAGGCGGAAACUGGAUCGUUGACACGAACUACGACGAAUCCUCGUUUCUCGCGUUUGCAGAUCUGACAGAGCACGCCGACAAGAAACGCGGAAGAAGCCGUGCCCUCCCGCCUUCAGGGCUGUGGCACAAGUGGACCGGAUCGACGCGCCGGCCGCAGCCGCACGUGUCGAUUUUCUGCGCGGCGUCUCCAGACCGGUCGCCGGCGUCGCUCAUCUCCGUGGAUCCGCCUGUCGGCAGUGCCCUCCCUCUCUCCGCCUCGACGUUGCUGCCGCAGCGCCCCAUCACGCUCACGUUCAACAAGCCGAUGAACUAUGGACACUGGGCGGCGAUCAAGCUCCUGCCGCGAAGUGCAGAUUCACGGAGGCGCCGCGGGGGAGAGGCCGACGCCAGCCAAGAAGAGACAGAGGCCGGCGACACGCCGCGGCGACGCGGCAGCGAAGGCGCAGUCGUCUGGGUCCCCGACCAGGAGGGCAACAUGCGGGGCGACAGCAUCCAAAUUCACACGCGCCCUGCCCACGAAGUCGUGCCACGGUCCAUGGCUGCCAUAACGAGCGGCGGCAGGCCUCUCAGCAACGCAGAACUGGCAGAGGUCUCACCUACUCUCCACACCCCGCCCCUCGGCGCGUCGUCCUCGCCGCCAUCCUCGAGUUGGCUCCGCGUCUCGUCUUCGUCGCGGGGCUUGCAGGCGCGCGACGCCCUCACACCAGCACCUCUUGCGGCUGCGCCCUCGGCUUCGUUCACUGCGCCCGAGAAGCUGGUCGGCGUCGUGGAGCUAUUCGUUCGCGAGCCGCUCGUUCCGGGGGAGACCUACGACCUCGUGGCCGAGUUGGGCAGCUUGACGGACUUGGCGUACAACCCCUGGGGCCCCAUCGAGAAAGGCACGCUGGUGUUUCACACGACAGGCGGCCGCUGCCCGUUGACGGUCAGCGCUUCCAACCUCGUCUUCCUGUCCUCAUCGGCCUCGCCUGUGCGCUCGCCCGCAGUCUCGACGUCGUUUGUCACGGCGCGCGGCGGCGCGGGGGGCGACCCAGCCGAAGCGGACGAACCCUUUCUGCUCGAGAAAGGCCGCGAAAUCGUCGGGAUGCGGAGCGGCGACGGCGACGCGGACGACGGCACGCAGGUGCGGGUCGUGUGCCGCGCGGGCUUCUCAGUGCAGGCCUCGCAGAAGGGGUCGCGUGAAGCCGAAGAGACGAGUCUGGUCUGCGAAGACGGCCGCUGGAAGAGCUACCGGCCACUGCCCAAGUGCUUUCCGACCUGCGGAGCCUUUCCGCUCCUGCCCGGCGGCGCGUACAGCAUCAACGGCGACGUGGGCGGCGAGGGCCUCGAGGGAGAGAAACUGGAUAUCCGCUGCACCGAGCAGGCCGAGCUCUUGACUCCCAUCUCGCGGCAGACAGUCAAGUGCCGCAACGGCAAAUGGGACGCGCUCCAGGUGAAGUGUGGUGCAACCUGUGCGCCGCUGGGCCCCGCCCUCGGGCCCCGCUACCGCGUGUACCUGACUCAGGCGUCCAGGGCGUCGGCCGCGACAGGCGCAGCCCGCGGCGGGGAGUCGUCGGCGAGAGUCCUCGAGAACCGCGAAGCGAAGGAAGGCGAGACACGCACAGUCGUCUGCGCGCCGGGCACCAGCCAGUAUGAGCCGACGGCGGCGGCGCGCGGAGGAGCCCGCCGCGUGGGCGACGCGCAGGAGGAAGACGUCCUCUGCGGAAAGGCGGGAUGGAGCAAAGUGCGUCUGCAGUGCUUCGCUGACUGUCCUGUCGAGCAGUUGAAGGCGAUGCUCACGCAGCGCGGGCCGGGCCUCGAGUGGAAGGAGAGAGCUGAAAGCAGCGGGAGGGGUGGAGAGCCGGACGAGCGUGACGGAAAGCAUGGCGAGCGACGCACCAUCACCUGCGCACCCGAUUUCCUGCCGGCUUCCGCCGCGCGUUCGAGCUUCAGCACGACCUGCCAAGACGGCCGCUGGCAGCCCCUGGCGGUGCCUGAGGGACAAUCCGCCUCUUCGUCUGCAUCUUAUGCUUCCGCGGCCGCGCCUCUCUGCGUGCCGCGCUGCCCCCCGCUCGGCCUCUCCAGGGCUGCGUACGUCGUGGCACCGCUGCCGGAAGUCAUUGCGCCCGACGGCGCGCUCCAGCAGAAGCUCGAAGUCUCGUGCGCGCCGCAGGCGGUCUCGGUGAGUUCUGAAAAGCGCCAAGAGCUGGUUUGCGGCCGCGGAGGCGUCUGGAGUCUCUUGACGGUUCAGUGCAAAGCGCCCUGCGGCGCGCCACUGCUGCAGCUGGGCGACCGCUACGAACUGCGCGACUCCGACGGCGUCACGGCCUCAACAGCGCGCAGCGGGACCUCGCCCUCGGCCUCCGCAGCUCUCGGGAGCGCUGAAGAAGAGCGCCACACGCACGGGACGGAAGUCCUGAUUGGCUGCGCCACAGGGGCCGCGGCGGAUGGGGGCGCGGCGCCCGGCGCGCCACACAAAAUCGUGUGCAGCGACGGAGUGUGGAAGUCUGCCUAUCGCGUGAACAGUCUCUUGACGCGGGACGGGGGAGACUCCUCCGGCGCAUCCGCCACCGCGGGCCCAGCCGCAGAGCUCCAGGCGCCUGGAGCCGCGUCAGGUGCAGCUGCAGGCGGUGCGGCGGCCGCGGGGGGCGUCGACGCCCCUUCUGGGCCGGCGACGCGGCAGGCAGAGAUCGACUUGAAGUGCAGACGGGGCUGCGGCGUUCCUGCGCUGCCGCCGGAGCUGCGACCGCUGUUUCGUGCGCCUCGCGUAGCGCUGCUACAGCGCUGGCACCACGAGCAGCAGCUGCAGGUCACCUGUGCGAAGGGCUUCUCCGCGGAGGAGACGCGGCCGAAGGCGGGCGAGGCCCCUGACUCGGAGACGCUCGUCUGUCGAGACGGCGAGUGGGAAAGCAUUCACGCGACACGCCCCAAGCACCGCGGGGGAGAGACCGGGAGCCAGGCGGCAUCCGCGAGCUCUUCGGCGAUUCCUGGCUUGGUGCUCGCGUGCCGGCGCGAGUGCGAGGCUGCAGAAAUCAGUCGCGUCGCCCAACUCAAUCACUUUGACCUGCCGUCGUCGUUCGCGCUCGCUGCCUCGUUGACGGCCUCGUCUCUGCCUCACAACGCCUCGCUGAGCGUCGCCUGUCAGAAGGGAUUCUCGGUGCUCACCGGGCCCACACACGGUGCGAGUCUGCGGUGUACGUACGGCUCGCUCGCGCUUCCGCAUACCGUCUGCGGCGCGCCCACAUGCAGCGACGGCUUGCAGAACGGCGACGAGGCCGGCGUAGACUGCGGAGGCUCUGAAUGCGCGCCCUGCGCCUCGUGUAGCGACGGCAUUCAAAACAACGGCGAGACGGGCGUCGACUGCGGCGGGCCGUGCUCCCCCUGCAAAGGUUGCGCCCAUCCACUAACCUCUCAGCUCCUCGUCCCUGGAGUCGAUCCGGAUCUCGCGGCGCUGUCGGGCCUGCUGGUGCUCCCGCCGUCUCUCUCCUCGUCGUGGGACGGCGAAGGCUCAGGCCGCGGAACGGAGUUCGCGGCAUCAACGCACUUCCGCCAGUUCCUCCCCUUCUCCGAACUUCUGUCUGGGCUCAGAGGCGCGUUCAGCCCCGAGGGCGGCCACGCAGGGGGCCUCUUGCCUUUGGGGCGACGCUCCAUCUUCAAGCGCAGCGGCGCCGGCAGCUCGGCCUCCGCUUCCUCCCCUUUCUUCUCCUGCCCGCAGCCGACGUGCUUUGACGGCGAGCGGAACGGCGACGAGACGGGCGUGGACUGCGGGGGGAGUUGCGCGCAGCGCUGCCCGAGCUGCUUCAACGGCCUGCGCGACGGCGACGAAGAGGACGUCGACUGCGGUGGCUCCACGUGCGAGCGCUGCGAACACUGCAGCCCGCGGGCGCUCAAGGUCUUCCUCACCAACCGCGAGGCCUUCCUCGUCUCGCGUCCCGGCGCACAGAACCGCUCUGCAAGCAGCGCGUUCGAGAAGAAACUGGAUCGUCUGCUUGCCGACGAGGGAGUCCUCUCAGCCCCGCUGACGAAAUCUGGGCAGCACCUGCAGCUGAAAUGCAAGGCCCUCGGCGGAGACGACAGCCUCCUGCAAGUUGUCUGCCGCAACGGCAUCUGGACGCUCGCCUCGGCGCGCUCACUGGCCUCAGAGGCGCCUGCUGCGUUCUCUUCGUUCUUUGCCAGCAGCCGCGGAAGCGGCAUGUGGUGGCCGAAACAGGCGGCGGAGGCGCACCAGGCCCUCGAGGCCUUCCGGCGCUCCUGCCUCGCUGCGUCGGCGGCCCAGACGCCGGCGCUGGAGGGGACGGCGAUCACCGCGCUCGACACCGGCGCGUCGUCCUCCUCCUCCUCCGCAUCCUCGGCCUCUACCGCUUCCUUUCUUGGGAAGAGUGCUUCGCCGCUCACGUGGCGAGUUGGAGCGGCGCUGGCGUCUUUCGCAGUGCCCGACUUUGGCGUCUCGCGCGACGGCCAAACGCACCCGCCGUGCAUCUCGCGCUUGAUUGAAGUCUUCCGCGCGUCGCUGCGCGGCGAGUGCGGGGCGCUGGCCUUCGGCAACUCGCCGCAGAAGCUCUCGUCGUUCUGCGCAAACAGCUGCUUUCGCUCGCUGAGGACGGCGCUGGAGAGCGUGCUGGGCGAAGCGGUGUGGGACGCGAGCCCCCGGGCAGGGUCGCGGAGCCCCGUGCGAGAGUCCGUCUUUGACGAGGCACCCGGCGACGGCGGCGAGCGCGGGGCCAGCGGCCCGCCGUUCUACGGCUGCGCGUCGCCUGAGGAAGGUGCGGAGGCGAAGGAGAUCGCGCAGCUGCUUCUUGAGUUGCUGCGGACGUGGUGUGCACAGCGGAGCGGCCUGUACUGCUUCGCCGAGGCCUCGUCCUCGUUCCACUUUCUCCGCUCGCUCUACGCGCAGGCGGAGGCCAGUCCGGCCUUCUUCCGCUCGGAGGUCAAGAGCUACUGCCCAGCAAACAGCUGCUUCAGAAACAACAUCAAGCAUGUCCUCAUCCUCGGCGAACUCAGCCGGCACGUGGACAUUCGCUUGCCCGCCUUUGACGCCGCCGCGCCACUGACGAAAGAGGCCUUGCCAACCGCAGGCCUCUCGCGGACGCUCCGCGCGAGGGCCGCCUGGGGCAGAGACAGGCGGCUCGCCGAAGGCCGCGUAGCUGCAGCCGCUGGAGGCGGCCAGGCGGGAGGAAAGGCGGCACGCGACGGAGAAGAAGCACGUGCAGAGCCCAAGGCCUCGACACUGGAGGACGAACGCGCGGACGACGCCGGCGGAGGCUGCCCAGAGGAGGCGGCUCACGGAGGUCACGUCCGCGCACCUGGAGCCCGAAGCGACACGCCUGUGGCCGGCGCAGCGCCGAACGAAAGUGCAAGGGAAGCGAAAAGAGACCUCGCGGAGGACUCAGCGUUUGUCCCUUGGCUGCCGCCCUCCGCGACCUUCGCGGAGGAGUCGGAAACACCCGCGGAGCCUAGGCGUCUCUUCCCUGCGUCGCCUGCUUCAGGCGGCUCGCCUACCUCUCCCCUUGUUCGCGUUGACGUCGGCGGACGUGCGGCCGACCCUUCCUUGGCGCGGGGGACCCAGGGGUUCCUCGAGGACAUCCGCAACGCAUCAGAAAUUCUCGAUUUGUUCUGCCUGGAAGUCGACGGCCGUCUGUGCGUGGAGGAAGUGCUGCGCGUGGGCAUGCAGAACCCCGUACUCGCCUCGCCAUCGGGAGGCGACGACGACGCUCAAAAGAUCUGCCGCGGCGACACGUGUCUGCUGGAAGUCACCCGCGUGUUUGGCCAGGUGCUGAUCGACACCGCCGACCGCCAGUCGGAGGAUUUCCUCGACAAACACUUUUUCCAGCCGCCGCAAAACGCCGCGCGAAAGCGGAGGGACGGGAAGCACUACUCGCGCCGCGCCCGUGCGGGUGUGCCUACACAAGGAGACGCGCACGACAAGUCAGGUGCUGCCGACUUCCACCCUUACAACGUGGUGCUUGGCAUUUUGAUGAAGCACUGGGGACGAACAUUUUGCCACCGGAACAUUCGCGGGUCGCUGUGCGGCGGCUAUGUGUUCCCUUCCCCACUCGACGCCGCGCUCGCUGAACAGAGCCGAGACGCGUACUUGCCGACGGAGAACGAGAAAAGGUACCGAAGCUGCUCCUGUCACUACUCGCUCAUUGGCGACGGCGACUGCGAUCCAGAGUGCUUCAACGAGGCUUGCGGCUGGGACGGCAGCGACUGCCUCGCGACUGAGGUCCUCUUUCCGGUGUACAGACACUUGGUCAACCAACUCGGGACGGAGCUUUCCGACCCUUGCAAUCCAUUCAAUUCCAAUUUCUCAUGCGAAGCCUCGUCAGACGCGGCUUCGCCGGCAAGGAGAGCUUCGCCGUCCUCGCAUAGAAACUGCGGCAUCCAGUUCAACCGGCUUGCGGAAACAAGAGGGUGCUGCCUCGCCACGCAGUUGGAAGUCCUCAGAGAUCUUCUUGAGGCUGACGUGAGGAUCCUGGAAGCCACGGGAGCCUCAGCGUCUCGUCUCAUCGUGUCGCCUGCGUCGGCUGCUUCACGGUCGUCUCUGUCCUUGCCGGAGUCGUCGACCCACAAAAGGGGCGACGACAGAUUUUCCUCCAGGCUGCAGAGACAGCAGGUGGAGGACGCUCCGCCAGCGGUUCCUACUCAGCUGUGGAAAGGACGCUCUUGGAUUCACACAGAUCGAUCGACGGCGUUUUUCGAGUUCGCGUGCAAACGUCAGCUCGACCGCACCUGCUCCCGCGGACUGAACCGCUUCGCGUACGCAGUGGAGAUGAAGAUAGAAAACGUCGACUUUGAUUUCCUGCUCGAGGCUUCGCCCUCCUCCUCGGCGUCUGUCUUCCCAGGGUCGGCGCAACUGCCCGGCGCCUGGGCCUCCUCUUCCGCUUCGUCGCUGCCACCGUCGCAGUCCCCGCUGACUCUUUCACCGUCGCCAGCGCGGGAGGCGCGAGAGAGCGAGGGAAACAUCGCGGUCGGCGCUUCGCCUGGAGAGACACCGCGUAUCGACGUGCUUUCAACGAGGAUGACACCGCGGCAGACGGAGCUGAGGCGCGUCCUGCGAGAAGAAAUCGCUUCGCUUCUCGCGGUGCCCGCCGGCGACGUCGUGGAAAUGAGGCUUUGGAGAGGCAGCGUGGACGUCUCGGCCGUGGUCGACGCUGGCUGGCUCGCCAACAAGCUGCGAUUCAAGGAGCGUCUCGACACUCUCGCAGAGGAUCAGGAGUCGCCUCUCUCGCUGACCGCCGCGCUGUCGUCUUCUCUCACCCGCCACCUCUUGCCUUCGUCCUCUUCUCCGCUGCUGGCGGUGGUUCCUGCGCGGCCGUCGCCGCGCCUGCUCUCUCUGCUUCCGCAGGACCGUGCGCUGCCGAUUACGCUUGUGCCUGCGCACUCGCGGAUCUCACAAGUCGCCUUUCAGAGCGUGCUGCCGGCCGCGCCUGCGCCCGCGUCGGCGCCUCCGCGGCCGCUAUUCGGAACGUUUGGCGUCGCAGAGCUGCCUGUCGCCUCGCGCCCCUGCGAAGGGACGCAGGGCCUGAACCCGCCUGAAGGAACAUCCGUCUACGACGCCUACAAGAUCUGGGCGAACACUGGCACGAGGGGAGGCAGCGGAAACGAACACGGCAGCACAAUGGCGGUCGAGUGCAACACAGGUCACGAAGCGGUUGAGGGCGAAGCUCCUCAGAAUCUGGUGUGCAACCAAGGUCGAUGGGAGCCGUCGGCUUCCGCAGCAUCCGCCUCUCUCCCGCUUCUCCCGGGCCUCGAGAAGCCGCGGAAGCACAUCCUCGUGUGCCGGCAGCCCUGCCAGCCCUACGAGAAGAUUGAUCCAUCGAUUCUGCGUCCGGAGUUCAUUGUCAGCGGCUUCGGGACUUCCGACGGGGAUGCUAGAACUGUCAUGUGCGCGCCGGGGUACAGCCCCCGGGACGUGGAGGCGACGGGGGCCACGGAGACAAUCGAGUGCGUGAACGGCGCGUGGAAGCCGCCGCGCCGGCUCAUGUGCGGGAAGGACUUUGCCGCGUUGUCUGGCAGCUCCAGUAGCCCCUGCAGCGGCGCGCUGUCCGGGCUGGAAGAGAGCUACAAGCUGACAGAAGUGCCUCUCGCGCCGUCGGCGAAUCCCGAUGUCUCCUCGGAUCUCGCGACGGCCUUGAAAGUCCGGUUGCAGCCCACAGCCACCACAGUCCAGAUUUUCAAAGUCACGUGUGCCCGCGGGUACAUCCACGCCCCCCAGAGCGCGGGAAGCGCAGACUCCGCGGGGCUGCAGGCCCAGACGAGCCUGGGCGGGAAGUCGAGUCCAGCGGAGGUAUUUCUCGCGUGUCUUGAGGGAGGCCUCGUGGGCCUUGGAAGCGAGGAGCUCUUCCCCUUGGGGGGUUCCGCAGAGGGCCGCCGCGCCGAGAUGCUAGCUGAGAACUUCACGCAGAGACUGAAGAAGGCCACGCCGGUAAAGCUGCCUUUGCACGCACACACCGACGGGGGCAUGCCUGACGCUUCCAGAGGCGAAGCAUCGCCCGCGCAGACUGGCGAGCGAGAGCGGUAUGCACCGACCGGGGCUUUGGAAUCUGACCGGCACGAUGCAGACGACGGCAUUCGAAAGAGUUUGGUUUGCAUCCGCGACGUGCGGCUCGAUCCGCCCGCCACUGCCAAGCCGAUAAGCGACACCGUCAUGGUGUUUCUGUGUCUCCUGAUUCUCUUUGUGCUUGUUGUGGCGCUCAUCGCGGGUUGGUGGCUACGGAAUGCGCGCAAGAAGCGCAAGUUGGGGAAGCUCGUGGGGGGAAGCGACGGCAAGUGCCCUGGCGACGGCGGCUCUGAGGACGAAGAGAUGAGCGUCGACUCCAAGGGCAACUUUGAGUUCAAGCGACGCACCACAGGCGAGGCGGUCCUCGAUGGGACGGUCAUGGUGUCUGGGGCAGGCGCUGAACAGUUCCUCACGAAUUACCUUCUCGGCGUGGGCGGAGCAAAGCUGCUGGCGGGCGCCGGGGAUGCGUCGGGGAGGAACGGAGAGAACGGGCCUCCAGGAGCACUUAUGCUGGGGCCUCUGAAAGAUCAGGACUUGAUCGCCGCCCAAAUGUACAUCGACCAGGCGCACGCGGAGACUUCGCCGUCGUUCGCUAAACCGUGCGAGCUCAUGACGCCAGCCACGGCAGCGAUGGUGCUGGGCAGCACACACACAGCCCACCAAGCCCUUUUGCUUCUGCAGCAGCAACGGUGGAAGGCUGCGGGGGAUGCGCAGGCGACUGGCUGGACCAGGGGCGCACCACCGACUGCCGACUCGCAGUUGGGGCAAACCGCUGCGUCCUCGUGUCGGCAAGUCAUGGCUGCGCGAGAUGGCAAUAUGCCAGCUGACGGGGAGAGCGGUGGAACCUCAGCAUACUGCGUUUCUCCGGUGUAUUUACACGGCCUGCCAGGUGAUCGCGGAUCUGUGCAAGACGUGAGGGACCAGAGUGUGCUAGAAGACGGGGCGCACUCAACGUCUGCUUCCAGAGUUCCGCCCUCGUCGCACAUGAGCGUCGGACCCAACUCGCCGAUCUCAAUGCGGGUUCGCCAGCGAGGCGGGAUGCCUUUAGGCAUGCCGUUGAGCAGUGGAGACGGUGCGGAGCUGCUGCAGGGGCCCGGCGGCCGCCGCGGAUCAAGCGGGGGGCGUACGUCAUCGAACAGGAAACGUGGGUCAAUUUCAGCAACCGUUGAUCAGAACGGCGCCGGAGACAUGAGCUUGGCAUUGCCGCAGCAGGACCUCCAGCACCGGCCGCCCCCGUACUCCGAGCAGUACGAACAGGCGCUCCUACGAGAGAACCAUUUGAGAAGCGUGCCUCUUUCAGUCGACGAUGGACUGGCAAACGUCAACGACUAUGACGAAGAGGAAGAAAAUAACGGAUUCGAGGCCCACCAGGUCGACACCAGCGUAUUCGGAACCGCUUCGCCCUCACUCCGCUCUCACCAGCUUCCCUCGAAACCGGGGGCACCAUUCGCUGCGCUCGGACAUCCGACACACCCAAAAACAAAUCACAACCCGGCUGUGUACUGCGGCGUCGAAAGGGAGGCGCAUGACGCAGCUCGAGAGGAGGCAGCUCGAGAGGAGGCAGCUCGAGAGGAGGAAGCGGCGGUUGGCGUGAGUGGGUUCACAAAAGCUAUCACUAGCCAGUGGCCAUACGGUAGGAGAGGGUCGAAGGCCUGUAGACAAACCGAACCCGAGGAAUCGGAAAACAGCACACAGAGCUCCCACAAAGGCCGUGCCGGCUCAGCAGUACAAGCACCGCAUGGAAGUGGCAAAUGGCAUAGAUUACACCUGCAGCAUCCUGAGCUCAGUAUCGCGAGCAGUGAGGAAACCGCUAGGCAGACACCUGGAACUCCAGGCUCUGCUGACGCCGUCCGCGAACAGAUAAUCGGACCCGUCUCCCAAGCGUUUUAUUCUACUCCAUCAGACGACGAGUUGUAUCCGGAUGAUUCAGCGAGUUGUGUUGGACUGCAUGGAUACAGGAUGGGGAGAGAUCCUGAGCCGGUGACGCGGAUAGACCUCAAGAGAACCACAGGCACAAUGCGAGAAUCUUCUACAUCGGCUACCUUCCUCCAUGCCAACGACUGGCAUCACCGACAAACUCCGGAUACGCUCAUCCGCACGGAAACGCAUUUUCCUUUAACAGGUCUCAACCAAAUUCCGGAACCAGCAAAGAAACCAGCAUGA